GUAGCAAUAUGAGUUUCACUCUUAUAAAAGGUGACAUCAGCUUCAUAAACCAAUGCUGUGGGACCAGGGCUCGGUUAAAGCCAUGUGUAUUAUUUCUUGAUUUUCCACAAGAGUCAAAUGGCAAAAUAGGGGCCAGUGAUCGGGCAUACGGGAAAUACGUUCCUUGAUAUUUUCCAUGGACUCUCUACUAGUAAGGCCUACAUGGUUUUCACCUGAUUCAACUUGUGUGAAACGUUACAAAGCUUCAGUUUAGACCACAGAACCCACAGGAAGAGUGGGAGUAGAAAAGGUGGGACAGCAGCGGUAAAACUCGUGACAUCACAGAAUGCACUUUGAUUGGCUGAAUCCAGAGGCAGCAGGGUUUAAAAGCCAAGCAGCUGUGAGCAUCAAAACAAAACAAGAUCUCAAGCAAGAGACUUGGAAAGUAGUGGUGGAUCCUCUACCACACAGCAGCAAGAAGGUUAGAUUCACAGCAGCUGAGGAACAGAACACACCAAGGAAAAUGAAGGCUGUCAUUGUUUUCGUGCUCCUUUUCGCAGCGGUCUAUUGUCACCCUGUGAAACGUUCAGCCAGCAGCUCAGAGAGCGCUGACGUGCAGCCUGUUGAUACUCAGGUAUUGAAAGUCACUGCGGUUGCUGAUGUUAGCUCUGAAGAGGAUGAUGAUGAUGAUGAUGACAGUGACAGCGAUGAGUCUGAUGAGAAUGGCGAGCCCACCAGUUCUCCUCCUAUCGUAGAGACCACUCUGAUCCCUGUUAUUAAUGGCCGUGGGGACAGCAUUGGCUUCCAGAGUGACUACAAGAAACCCGUUUAUUAUGUGGAUGGCAACAACAUUGAGAAAGGACCUUCUUCUCAUAAAUCCUAUGGAUCUGACAAGACCAAGUAUGAUGGUGUGGAUCUGAAAGUGUACAAGGCUCUGCAGGUGCACAAUGUUGGGCUGGACCAGGGAGUGGACGCCUCCAGUGGCACGGACAGUGAUGACGCGAGCCAGCAAGAGCAGAAGGCAGCUUCCUCUUCCAGUGCUAGUGAUGCCGUUCCCAGUCAGGAGAGUGAGGAGGACAGCCAGAGCAGUGAGGAGAACACAACCGCGACUACCACGACCGACAGCAACUCCUCUGAGAGCGAUGAGAGUGAGGAGACCAACGCAGCGGAUCAGCCUGCAUUGCUCAAGAACGAGAACCCUGAAGUCCUCAUCGCUUAAAUACACCCCAAACCUGCUGGUGACAAGUGACUCACUUCACUUCAUGUGAUAAGUAGCAGAACACAAUAAUACAGCUCAGACAAACCCGGUAUAGAACCGAGGCUGCAUUUUGUUACCUGUCAAAAAUCUGUUUCUUUUAAACAAAUCUACAUUUGCACAAUCAUUUAUGAUAAGUUUAUGUAAUAUAUUUUAUUCUCCCCUGUAUCAAGUUAUCCUUUAUGAAUAAAAUCAUUUUUUUCCUUUUUCAAAAAACAAAAAUGACUGGUUGUUCAUUUAUAAUCUUUUUUUUUAUUAU